AUGCUUGAUGCCUCUCCCCCAAUCCAAGCCACCAGGAUUAGGAGGCGAGGCACCACUUUCAACUCCAAGUUCUUCAAGGCACUCUACAAAUCACUGCAAACUGCUCCCAGCUUCUCAAUUGCUUAUCAUGUGCAAUCUGAUGGACAAACUGAGUUCAAGAACCGGUGGCUUGAGGUUUAUUUGCACCCUUUCAUCAAUCACAGGCAAUUAGACUGGGUGGAUUGGCUCCUGCUGGCUGAAUAUGCUUGCAACAAUGCCAGAAGUGAAGCAACAGGCAAAUCACCAUUUGACAUUGUGUAUGGCUGCUCUUCUGUCAUCUCAACAGCUCUGGAACCUGCUGGAUCACCAGUAGCUAAUGAUAGAGCUCAGCAACUAGCUGAGACUAUUCAGGAAGUACAGGCAUCAAUCAAAUGGGCACAGGAGAGCUACAAAGAGGCAGUCAGUGGCAAACCACUUCCUGAGCUCAAUCCUGUAGACAAGGUUUGGCUGCUGGCUUCCAAUAUUGCAUUUUAG